AAGGUCCAGUCACUGGAGAGGACUAACGAGUGAGUUUGUUUACUAGACAUGCUUCCCGACGCGUUUCAGGCCAAUGAAAGGUAGUAGUGAGCGAUCUGAUUUGAAAAUCGAAUUCUAAAGGAAAUGCUUUGAACAGAGAAGGAAUAUGAGCUGAAAGUGAAGCAGAAGAGAGCUGAGAAAAUACUGGAGAAAGAGAGGUUGGAAAAUUAUAAGAAGAAGGACAGGUUUAAGUCGUUUGCAGCGCAACGGGCAUCAGUUCGCAGAUUCUUGAACGACACAGGAUUUCGCCAGUCGAUCACAGGAACUUUCCUUGACAACUCCGAUGCUUUUCGUCGGAAGAGAGAUGAAAUGGAGGAGGCAGAGCCUGAGCCUCCAAGCGAGGAGGAAGUUGCGGAGGAGAAAAAGAUAGACGAAGACAAUGCGUGGAUUGUGAAAACUUUGGAAGAUCACGACACGAGGGAGGAUCUCGAGCAGCGAGUCAUCCAGCAUAUAAUGCAAGAUCCCAUCAUCUUUAGAUCUCUUCGGAACACUUUACGGAUCGCUGAAGGAAACCGGCUAAGGCAUCGCAAGUCUCUAAAGAAAGAGUUUUACGACAUGGAGAAAGUUUGGUCGACAGCAGAUCUUAUGAAGGAAACCGAGAACGCUUUAGUUCAUUCGGACAUGAGGCAUAGAAUUUACCAGCUCUACUGUGAACUCCGGGCUGCUCAAUCGAACAAAGUUCCAAGAUUUUCAUCAGCGUCGAGGGAUCCAACUCCCACAAGUUUGUGCUACUGGGAAUCCAAUGAAAGAUAUAAAAUGGAGUGCUCGCUUGAGAAAGAACUACUGUCAGAUCUCACAGUAAAUCGAUUGCGCAGUAAAGAGAGUUAAA